AGACGACAGUAAUAAUUUACUCAAUAACAGUAACAGUAAAAUUAUUAUAAUAUAAAAAAUAAUAAUAUAUACUAAGUAAAAAUGGUAAAGAAACGCGGACUUGUCUGGACUUACUAUCACAAAAAAGUCGAUGGAACAUCAGUUGUUGCGUUUUGUAAAUUUUGCAACAGAUCGUACAUACAAAAUGCAACGAGAAUGGAAAAACAUUUAGCACGGUGUGAAAAAGCAACACCUGCAGUUAAGUCAUUAUUUCUACGCGUGUCCACAAGUAAACGCGUCAACAGAGCGCGUUUGUUGGGAGCUAAAAUUGGCGGCUCUUGGAUUAAAAAAAAUGGAGAUGUUACACUUGACAUAAGCAAUCUUACUGAAGCUGACCUAGAGGAUAUCAACGAAUGGAAUCGUCAGAAAGAAGAGUUGAAGGAGUUUCGUAAUCAUACUGAGGUUAUUGUACCGAUGCAAAGUGUCGAUUGUCUUGAGGAGGAGGACGAGCCUGCUUGGUCACAAGAACUGGAUAACACUAAACAUGCAACUGAUCAUUUGGCUGAUGUUGAUAAUAAAAAAAUACGUGAUAUUUCUAAAGAAAAUAAUGAUUUCGAGCCAAUUCCUGAUCAUGACUAUGAAAUGACUGAAGAAGAUGUUGAACAAGUGGUAUACGAUGAUAAUGAGCGUGCAAAAUCACCAGUAGAAGAUACCACCAUAACUUUAAAGUCACUGGGCGGUGGUUCUCCACUAAGAAAUAAAAUCCUUCAAGAACAGUUAUUAGAACGAAGAGCAUUCAGAAAAAUAGCUGAGUUAGAAUUGAAACGUAAAACACUAGAAUAUGAACAAUUUCAGUUAGAGUAUGAACGAGAAAAAACACGCGCUGAAAUACGAUGGGCUCAUGAGAAUCGUUUGAUGCAACUUAAAGAAGACCGCGAGCGUAAAUUAAAUCAAGAAUAAAUUUUUAAAAUAAUUUCAUUAUUUUACAAUCACAUUUUAUUUUAUUUAUCAUUAUCAAUUUUUAUUAAUCGUUUAUUAUUAAAGUAAAAUUAAUAUUU